CCGCAGCGGGGGCAGGUCCGCCCGCCUCGCCCCCGCCGUCACCCCUGGCACACGGCCCCGCGGCCGCCGAGCCCGGCCAGCGGCCCCGAGGAGGCGGCGGGGGCAGUGCCGGUGCCGCCGCAGGCAUCUGGAAGAUUCCUGCUCGCCCGCCCCCCGCCGCCCCGACCCUCUCCCCUAUAAAUGCGGGUGGCGGUGCCCGGCGAGCGCAGAGCGGCGGGGCCAUGCUCGGGCUGUGGGUGCUGCUCUGGGGGUCCCUGGCCCUGCGCGGCCGCGCCGACACCGCGUUCCUGCGCCGCGCCCCCGACGGCGCCGGGCACUGCACCUACUCCUUCACGGUGGCCAGCCCCGUCGAGGCCGCCUGCCCUGAGGCUGCCGGCGGCGUGCCCGAGCUGCGGGCAGAGCUGGCCGCGCUCGCCGCCCGCCUGAGCCGGCUGGAGAGCCGGGAGCGGGCAAUGGGGGGCUCGGGGCCCGGGGGGGCUCGGGAGCCCCAGCAAGUGGCCGCGGCCGCCCGGCUGGAGACUGCGUACGGGGAGCUGCUGCGGGCCAAGGCUCGGCUAGAGGAGGAGAAGGGGCGGCUGGAGCGGGAGAAAGAGGAGCUGGGCAGGCGGCUGGAGAGCAGCGCCCAGGAGAUCACCCGGCUGCGAGCCACCCGCUGCCCCCCCGGCAGGGACGGGCCCGGCCGUGACACCCUGCGCGCCCCCGGCAAGGCGCCUCGCUGGGAUCCGCAGCCCCUCACCUUCCAGGAGCUGCAGUCGGAGCGGACGGAGGUUCCCGUGUCCCGGCUGCUGGAGGAGACGGCGCUCGGCCGCCCGGGGGGCGCGGACUCAGGCUGCGGAGAGCUCGUGUGGGUGGGAGAGCCCGUGGUGUUCGGCCGGGCGGACUCCAUCGCCGGGAAGUACGGCGUGUGGAUGAAGGAUCCCGAGCCAGUGCCCCCCUUCACGCGGGACACCACGUGGCGCGUGGACGCGGUGGGCACCGAGGUGCGGCAGCUCUUCCAGUACGAGGAGGCCGAGCAGCUGGCCCGGGGCUACCCCGCCAAGGUGCACAUCCUGCCGCGGCCCCUGGAGAGCACGGGGGCCGUCGUCUACCGCGGCGGGCUCUUCUUCCAGCCCCGCCAUUCCCGCUCCGUGGCCCGCUACGACCUGCGGGGAGAGACCGUGACGGCCGAGAGGGAGAUCCCCGGCGCCGGCUACCACGGGCAGUACCCCUACGCCUGGGGCGGCUACACCGACAUCGACCUGGCGGUGGACGAGACGGGGCUCUGGGUGAUCUACAGCACCGAGAGCGCCCGGGGGGCCAUCGUGCUCUCCAAGCUGGACCCCGAGACGCUGGAGAUCCGCCGGACCUGGGAGACCAACAUCCGCAAGCGGGGGGUGGCCAACUCCUUCCUCAUCUGCGGCACCCUCUACACCGUCAGCAGCUACUCGGCCCCCAAUGCCACCAUCAACUUCGCCUACGACACGGCCACGGGCGCCAGCCGGGCCCUCAGCAUUCCCUUCGAGAACCGCUUCCGCUACCUCAGCAUGCUGGACUACAACCCCUCCGAGCGGCAGCUCUUCGCCUGGGACAGCUUCAACAUGGUCACCUACCCCGUGCGCCUCUCCAAGGCGUGAGCCGGGGCUGGGAAUGCACCGGCUCAGCCCCUGUGACCCUCACGUGUGCCUUGGCAUCCUGCUUCGCUCCCCAGCUCCCCCCGGCACGGCCGGGAGCACCGGCCUUGGACAGCCCCGAGUGAGGGAGGGGCCGCCUGUCUCUGCUGGCACCUCCAGCAACACCCCUCUGCACUCAAGUGCAGCAGAGAGAAAUGAAGUGCUUCUCCAGAGCCUGGGGGAGUCAGAGAAACCACUCCCCAGCCUCGGUGGGUUUCACUUGGGUCACUGCAGCACCCAGCCCUGAGCUGCUCCAGUGUCCUCUGGGAGCACCCAGCCUGGCCACCCCAAAUUUGGAGCAGGGAGGGCCCAGGCAGGGUGAGGGCUGGGCAGGGUGUGUGGUGGGGGCUGUCCAGGAGGAUCAGCCUAAAAAUACACACUUUCCCUGGUUGUGAGCAGCAAUCCCCUCUUGCAAGGUUGGGAAUCCUGUCUCCAGGCUCCAGCCCUGCAGAGCUCCCGUGCAGAGAGCCCACAACCCCACUGCAUCCCACACCACCAGUGCCCAGGGGCAUCCUGGAGCUCAGCCACCUCCAAAAAUCAUCCAGCAGGAUCAAAAGCAGCAGGGAAUACAGACACUCAUUGCACAAGCCUUGUUUUAUUGGGGAAAAGAAAGCAGCCAAGAGAGCAGGGGUGAGGAGUGCUGGCAGAGCAUCCUGCAGCCGGGUGGCCUCUUGGUGCACCCAGCCCCUCCCGGCCACGUGCUUUGGCUUUGCAGGCCGUGCUGGGCCAGCAGCUCUGCCCACAGCAGUCCAAAACAUGCUGCUUUAUCUAUUUAUUGUAGAAAUUUUCUAGGAGGCUUUUUCUUUCCCCCUGCCCUGGCAUUCAGGGCAGCAGCAACCACGUCCCCCACGGGUUGUGAAGGGUCCUGGCUCAAUAAACACUGCCCAGCACCGCUGCUGCCUUGCACCUUGUCUUCUAGCCUCUUUUCCUAAGGGGAAACUGUAAAGCCUUGGGUAGGAAAAUGCCAUAUUUGAGAAGCAGCUUCUGACAGAAAUACACCACAUGUUGGAAAAAGUGAGAAAGGACAGAGAACACAGUGGGACACUUUUCAGAUGGUCACCUACAGUAAUUGUCAGCAAUAUGUUUCACCUCUCUGCUGUCCUCCUAACACACUGUUGUUUUAAGUGUAUUUACAUACAGAACAUAAUGAAGAACUUGGCUUUUGUGUCAUCCCCACGCUUUAUUUUGGAAAAAUAUGUGAUGGCUGUAAAAA